AGGUGUCCAGUUGGGGUAGGGAGUCUCAACCAGGGGAGGCAGGGUACAACAACCUAUAGCCCACUCUGUUACCCAGCCACAUGUAAAUCAAUUUUAAGGAAGCAAGAGAUCGAUACUCCAUCUGGACUUAGUUUUUCCUUUUCUUCCAUCUCACAUAUAGGAAAGUUUACAGGAGAAGCCUAGAAGCCAAGGACAUAGCUGAGGAGGGAACAGCAGAGAUGGGGAGUGGAGCCAGUACUGAGGACAAAGAACUGGCCAAGAGGUCCAAGGAGCUAGAAAAGAAGCUGCAGGAGGAUGCUGACAAGGAAGCAAAGACUGUCAAGCUGCUAUUGCUGGGUGCUGGGGAGUCAGGAAAGAGCACUAUCGUCAAGCAGAUGAAGAUCAUUCACCAGGAUGGGUAUACAGCAGAAGAAUGCCUGGAGUUCAAGACUGUCAUCUAUGGGAAUGUGUUACAGUCCAUCCUGGCUAUCAUCCGGGCUAUGUCCACACUGGGCAUUGACUAUGCUGAACCAAGCUGCGCGGAUGAUGGGCGACAGCUCAAUAACCUGGCCGACUCCAUUGAGGAGGGGACCAUGCCUCCUGAGCUGGUGGAGGUCAUCAGAAAGUUGUGGAAGGAUGGUGGAGUUCAAGCUUGCUUCGAAAGAGCUGCAGAAUAUCAGCUCAAUGACUCAGCAUCCUACUACCUGAACCAACUGGACAGGAUUACAGACCCCAACUACAUUCCUAAUGAGCAAGAUGUUUUGAGAUCUAGAGUGAAAACUACAGGCAUUAUUGAAACCAAGUUUUCUGUCAAAGACUUGAAUUUCAGGAUGUUUGAUGUGGGAGGGCAGAGAUCUGAGAGAAAGAAGUGGAUCCAUUGCUUUGAGGGCGUCACCUGCAUCAUCUUCUGUGCAGCGCUCAGUGCGUACGACAUGGUACUGGUGGAAGAUGAUGAAGUGAAUCGUAUGCAUGAGUCUUUGCAUCUGUUCAACAGCAUAUGUAACCACAAGUUCUUUGCGGCUACUUCCAUUGUGCUCUUUCUCAACAAGAAAGAUCUUUUUGAGGAAAAAAUCAAGAAAGUCCAUCUCAGUAUUUGUUUUCCAGAAUAUGAAGGGAACAACUCCUUUGAGGAUGCGGGGAAUUAUAUCAAGAACCAGUUCCUUGACCUCAAUAUGCGAAAAGAUGUCAAAGAAAUCUACAGUCACAUGACCUGUGCUACAGAUACACAGAAUGUCAAAUUUGUGUUUGAUGCAGUUACAGAUAUCAUCAUCAAAGAAAACCUCAAGGACUGCGGGCUCUUCUAAUCUUCACCAGUCCUCAGGUAUAUGUUCUGUAAACAGGCUUGGAAUCUGGGUAAUUUCAAGCAGAAAAUUAUGGGUCAAAAUACUAU